AUGUCGUCGUCGUUAUGUGACCGAGAUGUGACUGAUUCUACAGCUGGUUGUCUCGAGCAUCGGCCGUCCAGCCAUCUUUUACGUCGCGCCUGGAAUGCCCCAAGUGAAUCCAAUACUUCACACUCCUCCAAAUCUCCUUCUUGUGCAUCUAUUCCAAUUUUUUUAACGGCUGAUCACUUUAAGGAUCAUCUUCAUAUAAAUGAAGAAGAGAAUUGGCUGGAAUUGAUCGAGGACCAAGAGCCUAAAGAAGAAAAUAAAGAAGAGAAAGAAGGCCUGGAUAAAGAGAAAGACGAGGCAGAAAUAGAUUAUGUAGAAGAAAAGCCAUCUACUCAUGAGAACCUCUGUCCGGACGGUGGUGAUGAGGUUUGCACAACGAUUAAUAAGCCAUUAUGGAAGGUAGGUUCAACUUUUUCAUCGGACCUGCUUCCAGUUGAAAAAGAAUUUGGUACUCAACUUAAAUGUUCACAGUUAGUGCAAGGUACUCGGGGCUGGAUCGUAGAGAAUGCUCUUGGUCCAAAAGAGCUCGCCAAUGGCAUAGUGGGUUCGCUUGAAGAGGAGAAUAACACAAAUGACUAUCCCACAUUCUUGGCAAUUAGUGAAGCUGGGCCCACGGUUAAGAAAGUUGGAAAAAAAGCUCAUAAGACUGAA